UCCCAAUAGGAGUACUAGAAAAUCCGAUGGCGAGCGCCGAGUUAGAUGGAGAGAGCUUCUACGACCUUCUCCGGAAACUGGAGGAGGUGCAUUUCCGGGAGGUGGCCGAACUGCAAGGCCAGCUGAAGUCCGCGCCGGAGCGGCCCGCGCUGGGCCCCAAGCUGGAAAACCCCCUGCCGCUGGAACUUCCGCCAGACCACGAGGCGCCAGUGCGGCCUCGCGUACCUAGGGGGGAUGUGCUGGAGGUGUCUGCAGACACUUCCCGGGAGUUCCAGCGCUUGUCCAUGCUGAGCCCCCCGAAGCAGCAGCAGCAGAAGCCCAAAACCUUUUGGGCCUGCUUCGAGUUCUGGGUGCGCAGCGAGCGCUUCGACAUCUUCAUCGCCUUCUUAGUCUUCGCCAACUUCAUCACCAUGGCCGCGGAGGUGCAGUACGAGGGCAUGGACGUGGGUUACUCGCUGGGCCACCGCUUCAUGACCAUCCCCUCUUCUGAGUACUGGCCCGGCGCGCCCGCGGUCUUCCAGGUCUGUGGAACCUUCUUCUUGGUGGUCUUUUCCAUGGAGAUCUUGGUGCGCCUGUUGUUCCUCAGGGCGGCCUUCUGCAAGACCUGCUACAACAUCGUGGACUUCCUGGCGUUGCUGGCCUCGGUGGUGGAGCUCUGGCGAUCGCUGCCCGUGGACCCCACCCUCCUGCGCCUCUGCCGACUCGCCAAACUCUUCAGGACCAUCCGAUUUCUCAAGAUGUCGGGGAUGCUGGACUCCCUCUCCAUGCUCCUGCGGUGUAUGAGCUCCAGUGGCCUCACGCUCUUCUGGUCGCUUCUCUUCCUGGGUGUCAUCCAGCUGAUCGCCGCCAUGAUCAUCUGUUUGCUGGUGCGGCCCUACCUCGAAGACGUCCAGGUGAAUGAAGUGGAGCGCCUCGCGGUGUAUCGCUACUAUGGCUCCUUCACCUUAGCGGUACUCACCCUCUUCGAGGUCUUCUUUGCGAAUUGGUCCCCCGCCUGCAGGGCUCUUACCGACAACAUCAGCGAGUGGUACAUGACGCUGUUCCUGAUAUACCGCUGUGCCAUCGGCUUUGCCGUCAUCAACGUGGUGAACGCCGUCUUUGUUCAGCAGACGCUGCAAGUGGCCAAGGGGGACGAGGAGAUGUUGUUUCUGGAGAAGCAGAAGGCGGAGGAGAAGUACUUCCGCAGCGUGGCGGGGAUGUUCCACAAGUUGGACACCUCCGGGGAUGGGUCGCUGUCCUGGGAGGAGUUCCAACAAGCCAUGGAGGACCCCAAGCUCUGCUUCCUGCUGCAAAAGCUGGAAAUCGACCCGGGUGACCUGAAGCUGUUGUUCGACCUCAUGGACGAGCAAGGCACCGGCGAGAUCUCCAUCGAGGACUUUAUAGAGGGCAUCACUCGCUUCAAGGGCGGUGCCAAGUCCCUGGACGUGGGCCAAGUCCUCCUCCGCGCCAAACGCCUCGAGAAGUCCCUCGCCCGCAUCGAGGACCGCCUCGCCCCGCCGCCUCCGCGGCUCGGGGCGGCGAGGAAAGCGGCGGCGCAAAGGGAGGCGACCCAGGAGUAGGCGAGCCACGAAAAGAGACGCCACAAAGCGCCAAGGGGGUUCCUCCUAACGGCAGCCCCUUGCAAAGCAAAUCGUUUUGGGAUGGAUCGCGCUGUUCGCUGAAAUCAUGGGCCCUCGUUUGGCCUGUGAAAAGGUUGCACAGAAUGUCCGCAGCCUGGCGAUGUUUGAACCCACUGACGGAUGAAAUUGUGGCGUGCACGGGUUCACCUCGCGUCGGUUGGUUGCA